CCUCCGUGCUGCUGGCUCUGUGUGUGGGCCCCGAACGCUCGCUGGGACGUCCUCUCCGGGUCCGAGAGGGGGCGGCGCGCAGGACACCCCUUGCCCGGGGCGGGGCUAGAGGAGGGGGCCAGGAUGUCCCUAGUUCCCUAGUCUUGGUCGCUCAUGGCCCCGUAGUCCCCCUUCCCAGCCUCAUCUCCGGCUUGACGUCCUCGUGGCCUUCGAGGAAAGACUGUCUGUACGUGGGGAGUUCUCGCAGUCCUUCACCCACUUUGCAGUCUCGGUCUGGAGAUGUCUCAAGAGUCCGAGGUUCACAGAGAGCCGAGAAUGGUAAUUCCUCUCCUGCAGUUACUUUUGGAUGGAAGUAUGCCCCUUUCUCAAUAGAAGAUGGUAAUCUUGGAGAAUGACCAUGGAGAAGGGGAUGAGUUCUGGAGAAGGGCUGCCUUCCAGAUCAUCUCAGGUUUCGGCUGGUAAAAUAACAGCCAAAGAGUUGGAAGCAAAGCAGUCCUAUAAAGAGAAACGAGGCGGCUUUGUGCUGGUUCAUGCAGGUGCAGGUUAUCAUUCUGAAUCCAAAGCCAAGGAAUAUAAACAUGUAUGCAAACGAGCUUGUCAGAAGGCAAUUGAAAAACUGCAGGCUGGUGCUCUUGCAACUGACGCAGUGACUGCAGCACUGGUGGAACUUGAGGAUUCUCCUUUUACAAAUGCAGGAAUGGGAUCUAAUCUAAAUCUGUUAGGUGAAAUUGAGUGUGAUGCCAGCAUAAUGGAUGGAAAAUCCUUAAAUUUUGGAGCAGUUGGAGCACUGAGUGGAAUCAAGAACCCAGUCUCAGUUGCCAACAGACUCUUAUGUGAAGGGCAGAAGGGCAAGCUCUCGGCUGGCAGAAUUCCUCCCUGCUUUUUAGUUGGAGAAGGAGCCUACAGAUGGGCAGUAGAUCAUGGAAUACCCUCUUGCCCUCCUAACAUCAUGACCACAAGAUUCAGUUUAGCUGCAUUUAAAAGAAACAAGAGGAAACUAGAGCUGGCAGAAAGGGUGGAAACAGAUUUUAUUCAACUAAAGAAAAGAAGACAAUCAAGUGAAAAGGAAAAUGACUCAGGCACUUUGGACACGGUGGGCGCUGUGGUUGUGGACCACGAAGGGAAUGUUGCUGCUGCUGUCUCCAGUGGAGGCUUGGCCUUGAAACAUCCGGGGAGAGUUGGGCAGGCUGCUCUUUAUGGAUGUGGCUGCUGGGCUGAAAAUACUGGAGCUCAUAACCCCUACUCCACAGCUGUGAGUACCUCAGGAUGUGGAGAGCAUCUUGUGCGCACCAUACUGGCUAGAGAAUGUUCACAUGCUUUACAAGCUGAAGAUGCUCACCAAGCCCUGUUGGAGACUAUGCAAAACAAGUUUAUCAGUUCACCUUUCCUCGCCAGUGAAGAUGGCGUGCUAGGCGGAGUGAUUGUUCUCCGUUCAUGCAGAUGUUCUGCCGAGCCUGACUCCUCCCAAAAUAAGCAGACACUUCUAGUGGAAUUUCUGUGGAGCCACACGACGGAGAGCAUGUGUGUUGGAUAUAUGUCAGCCCAGGAUGGGAAAGCCAAGACUCACAUUUCAAGACUCCCUCCCGGUGCGGUGGCAGGACAGUCCGUGGCAAUCGAAGGUGGGGUGUGCCGCCUGGAGAGCCCAGUGAACUGACCCUUCAGGCUGAGCGUGAAGCGUCUGAGAGGCGUUUCAGAACCUGAGCUUUUUGGGAUUUUUAACUGAAGUUGGCUGUUUUAUCUUCCUUGUUUUAUAAUUCCUAUUGCAACCUCGUGCACUGCUCGAGACACAAGUGCUGCUGUAGUUAGCGCUUAGUGACACGCGGGCCUUUGGCGGGUGAGUGGGACUGUGUGUGUGUGCGCGCACGCGCGUGUGCGCACAUGUGUGCGUGUGUGUAUGUGUGGAGUAUGUGUGUUUGCUUCUCCCUGGAUGAAAUAGAAACUCCUCAUUGUGUGACCAGGAAUGGUUAAAUCAUCUUUACAAAAUGUGUGCUUUAACUGUUUACAAGUAAAACCUAAAGUUGCAGGAAACAUUUUUUAUUUCAUAAAGAGGUACCAACUGUCGCUGAUGUAAUGUGUCAGAACUGAAGAGUAAACCUACUUGUUUAAAUGACUUGACAGUGGUAGUGCUUCAUUUAAUAACAGUGAUAAGUAAUAAAAUGUUUUUAUUUGUUAACCAGUUUAAGUGGAUCCUGUGGUAACUUAAACUGUUGUUCUCAUCCCUUAUACGGGGCAUUUUUCUUUAACAAAGAAUGGUUUCAGUGAAACAAUCUAGCAGAGAAUUAAUGUCAGAACCUUUUUAAAUAAUAGUCUGAUUGAUACAGUUUGUACUUCUUUCAUCAAGCUUUUCUAAGCUUAAAUAUUGCAUAGCCUUGAGCUGUGUGGACUAUAUUAUGAAAGAAUAUGUAAAGAGAACAUACAGUAAUGCACAGUCCUUAAUUUGUGUAUAAUGGAAUGUUAUUUACAAUAUAACACUGUAAAUAAGAAAGCAAAGUUUAUGGGAAAAUUCAAUAUUAUCUUUGUUUUUGUUUAAAUAUAUUUUUAAGAUAAAGGCACAAAAAUAAAAGAAGUGUAUUACUGGGUAUAGUAUGUGACUCCUCUUCUCAGACUAAUAAAUUAUCUUUUGAAUCCUUGAUU